AAAGAAUGAAGGCAUUUUUCAAUUAAGGGAAAACAGCAGAUAUAAAAGAAAAAGGGUUAAUUUUAAAUGAACAUAAAUUAUAUGUAGAAGAACCACCAGAACCUAAUGAUGUAGAUUGGGAAUUUAUACAUAUUUAAACUGGAUAAAAAGUUAAAGCAAGAGUUGUUGCUUGGUCAAUUUCUAUUAGUGUUAUGGCAGGUUGUUUUUUUUUGAUUUGGUUUCUUAGUGAAUUGGCUGAAAGAAUGAAUGAAUAAGUAGAAGAAUAAGAAAAGAAAGGUAUUAAAGAUUCAUUAACUUAAACUUUUGCAUUCUUAACUAGUUAAUAUAUUUCAUGGACAGUAGUAUUUUUCAAUAAAUUUGUUAUUGGAAAAGUUUAUCAUUUGAUUGUUGAUUUAGAAAAAAUCUCAAAUAAAACUAAAUUCAACAUAAGUUUUGCAAGAAAACAAUCAGUUGCCUUAUUUAUUAAUACAGCUCUAAUCUCGUUAGUUAUAGAUUUCUUUUUAACAGGUUAUGUAAUUAUGAUCAAAUAUUAUUAAAUAUUAUAUAAAAUUUAUAUUAAACUAACAAUAAUUGGUAAAGGUGGAUUUAUAUAUAAUGAAUCUAAUGUAUUUUUAUUAAAUGCAUUCAUUCCUCCAAUCUUAUGGUUUGUUGACCCUUGGAGUAUUUAAAAGGACUAUUAAAGAUAAUAAUAAUAAAAGAAUGCUAAGAAUUGUGUAUUAACAUAGUAAGAAGCUAAUGAAAUUAUGGAGAUGCCUGAUUAUUCAUAGGCUAAGAGAUAUGGUGAUAUUAUGAAAACUAUGUGGUUUACAUUCUUUUAUGGAGAUAUCAUACCUGUUGGAAUUUUAUUUAGUAUUAUGGGUUUGACAUUAUAUUAUUUUGUUGAUAAAUAUAAUGUACUUCGAAGAAGAACAAUUAAAGAAUCUCUUUCUAAGCAUUUAUCAAUUGAAAUGAUUGAAAUGCUUGAAUUAAUUGUUAUAUUUACUGGUAUUGGUAAUACAGUUGUCUCAAGUAUUCUAUUUGGAGAAGUCAAAUGGUAAGAUUUUAUUAUAAUAAUAAUUGGAGUAUUGUAUAAUCUUCUCCCUAUGGAAGAUAUCUCGAUUGUUUUAUUUCCAUUAGAAUAAAAAGAUGAGGUUUUAAUGUAUGAGGAAGCUGAACAAUAUUUCAAUACAGAUUAUGAUAGAGAAAAUCAUGUAACUAGACGCGAAGCUUUAGAAGAAUUUGCAAGAAAAAAAUGA